AUGUAUCAGCCCCUCAUUGAUAUACUUUAAAAGAAGGGAAAGAUAGUCACGAGUGAGACUGGAGAAGUGCUAGUAGAAAUUAAAGACGUUUUUUAAACUCUACACUCAACUGAAUUCCUGAACAUCACUCCUCUUUUUCUAAACCAUAGAGAGACCUAUGCCAAUAUAAAACUUAUAAUAACAUCAGUGAUAAUAACAAGAAGAGCUUAUUUAUCAGGAGAUGAAAUAAGGCAAGGUAUUAUCGCUUAUACUCUGAUUUCACGCGAGUGUAAAUCUGAAUGGCUUCCUAUGUACGUCGAAAAAAUAAUCAAAACAUUCAGAAUGGUAAAUAAAACAGUCAGUGAAGUGGUGUUGAAAAAGUGGUUUGAGCAUGUCCGCAGCAAUCUUGAAUGUAACAUGGAAUCUAGGAUAUAGGUAGAAAAGGAGAUUAAGCAAAAGAAGCUAGAUGUUCCAUUUCUGCUUCCUCAUGAAUUUCUAUUCCUGCUGUGUAACUGUUCUAAUAGGUUAGAAACCAUUAGCAGAUUACAUAAUCCCGAAUUGGUCUCUGUAAAAGGCAAUAUCUAUUAAUGGGAGCUAUCUAACCCACUUAAUUAGGGCACUUUUCAUUAAUCACAUAUUCAUCUAUUGCCCUAGACAGCUUUCACUAACUAGGCUCCUCAUAUUAUAAUCACUAACACACUAAAUAAGGAAGCAGAGGAGAAGAAUAUUAGAGUUAUGGGAAUGAAGCCUUAGUAAAGUUAAAACCAAAUCUCUGUUAUUAAUUCUCAGAGUAAUGAGUAGAAUAAAAGCCCGAGCAAGAGUAAAUUAUUAUAGGUCAAAGCAGCACACGGAUCUUCAGGCUUUGCACAAUAGCUUGAUGAAAUGAAGACUGAUCUUAAAAACAUGAAGCAUAGUGCUGUAGCUGUACUUGGUAAUGCCAAAAAGUUCUUGCAAAGAUUCUAGAGUCCUUACCUAGAAAUUAUUUAAAAUGCAAGUUAGGGAACUAUCGACAGAAUAAAUUCUCCACUAAAAAAUAAGGAUAAUGUUUUCUUAACAUAACCAGCAUUAUCUUAAGAUUUAAGAGAUUCACCAGAAAAGAGGAAGAGACCUUAAACAGCAAAGAUUCCUCUUUCCAAUAGAUAAAUAUAGGAACGCAAUAGAACUUUUAUGCAUGUAUCAAAGAUUAAUCUUAAGAGAGCGCAAGCACUUAAGCAGUAAGAGAUAGCCUCAUCAGUAUAUCGACCACCUGAUAAGAACACAAUGAGGUCUUAAUUCAGCGAGAUUUUCAGUGAGAAAGAUCAGUUUAAGGAGUGCCAAGUUAUGGGUAGAAAUCUAGCUUCUCUGAAUGUUAGUAAAAGCAGAGAAAGUCUGAAUAUACAAAAGAAAGCGACCGAAAGAAUAAAGAACUGGAUGUUUGAUGAGCUUAAUAAAUAUGAAGAGGCCUAAACAGAGAAAAGUAAGGCCAUGGCGACAACAGCUAUAGAUGGUAAUAGUGAAGCAUGCGGAGUUGGAGUAGGAAGCUCUAAAAAGUUUGAAAAAAUGCUAGAUUAUGUACAAAACUUCUCUAAAUAAGUCUCGUAUUCAAGUAUGCCCAAAAGAAGACCUAUUAGCAGUUAUUCAUAUAGGACAACAUUAUCUCAAGCCUAGACUUAUAAAAAACUUAAUAUGCAUUGA